GGAUCCCACCUUGUGCAGAAGUCGGAGUGGCAUACAAGGACCCUGCUUUGACAAAGCACAAUGGUGGAAAACCCUAUGAUGCUCUUGCGUGCCAGAUGUAUUGCGAAACAAAUCCGGACUGCUCUUUUUUCACCUACUAUGAGGAAUCCAAGGACUGCUGGCUUUUGGGCAGUGAUGCCAUUCGGGUGCCAAAUGUGGCCGGAGCUGUAAGCGGGCAAGAGGAUUGCAGCCAUAUGCUGAGAGGCAGUACAAUUGCGAUUGACGAGCCCAACCCACUCACGAAGUACCCGGAUGUAGCUGUUACUCCUCAGGCGUUGCAAAGGGUAGUGGCAGCAGAUGCAAAUAAUUUGAUCGUUGACGCUGGGCCAACUGCAAGCCCUGGAUUCCCAUUCGGCUGGGUGCUAGGUGGAGCCGCAUGUGGCCUCGUAGCAGCUGCGUUUGGGGCCUUUUUGUUUGCAAAAUCAGAAGGUUCAAAAGCACGAUCUCAGCUGGCAUCGAGCUAUGUUUCCUCAAGAGGAGUGAAGGUAGAGAGCCCAGAAACUGUGGAUAGAGCGCCACUGAUGGAGCCAGGCAUCUUGUCUUCGCAGGCUCAACCUGUCUUUCAUCCGGCUCCUCCCUUUCAGGCAUCUUUUUCGGUGCCGCCACCUUCCAAAGCUGCAUCGGUCUUCACAAACCCAGCGCAGGGUGCAGCAGUGCUCAUGGUUUACUACGGAGGAAACGGAACGCAGGCCCAACCUCAUCAGUUCUCUCAGUUCUAUGGAUAGCAAUGACAACCUUUUGGCACUGACUGCCAUGCAGACUUUACCUUGGAAAGACAAGGUGAAGCGUUGCGACGCAUCAUAUUCAUCAAGCCGGGAAUCGCUGGCAUCG